UUUGCCUUGAUAUCAGUUACACCGCAUACGUCAGCGUAUCAAAUCUGACUGGAAAUCUAGAGUAGCCUCUCGUGAUCCAUGUUGAUCGAAAUAGUUACACGAGAUCAAAGGUGAAAAUGGAAACGGAGAACUCGCUCCUGGUGAAUUUUUUGGGCAUGCAGCUGUUUUUGCCACUCUACUAUAUUGUUACAUCAGCAACGAAAUUUAUCUUCUUUUUCCUUGACGCGGCCGGUGUCCAUUAGGGGCAAUUCAAUCAGGAGCUUUAUUGCAAAGGAAGUCCCGGAAAACCGGGUCCUGGACGAGAUUACUUACAUAAAUGAUAAAGCUUGACUGAGCAUGAGCUUUCAUUUUAACAGAAAUAGUUAUGCCAGUUGAUGACAGCAUAUGACACCCUCGUUCAUAUAUACAAGGAGGUUGACUUUCAUGUUAGCCGUUGCAAGAGAAUAUGGCUUUUGCAACUCCAGUAGCACCCGCCAAAAGCGUCAACUUUUUGACCUCCAUACCUCAAUUUCCAGAGAACCCUAAAACCCUCAUCCUUGAACAAUGCAAGACCGUCAGAGACCUGAACCAAAUUCACGCCCACCUCAUCAAGACCCGCCUUCUCCUCAACCCCUCCAUAGCUGAGAACCUCCUCGAAUCAGCAGCACUCAUUGUCCCCGGCGCUAUGGAGUAUGCAGCCUCCGUUUUCGAUGAAAUCGACAGACCUGAUACGUCGGCUUAUAAUGUAAUGAUCAGAGGUUUCACUUCGAAUCAGUCCCCACUUGAAGCCGUGCUCUUGUACCGGGAAAUGCUCGAGCACUCGGUGCCGCCCGAUGAAUUCACUUUUCCUUGUGUUUUGAAGGCUUGCUCUAGGUUAGGAGCUGUAGAUGAAGGUGAACAGAUCCAUGCGCAGAUUUCGAAGAUGGGGAUUAGAUUAACUGGGUUCGUUGGGAACACUCUGAUUCACAUGUAUGCGAACUGUGGCAAAGUCAAGAUUGCCCGUAAAGUGUUCGAUGGAUUGACUGAGAGGAACGUUAUGGCUUGGAAUUCAAUGUUUGCGGGUUACAGUAAGGGUGGGCAUUGGGAGCAGAUCGUGAAGUUGUUUAUGAGGAUGCAAGAAUUGGGUGUUGGUUUCGAUGAAGUUACGCUGAUCAGUGUAUUGACUGCUUGUGGGAGGCUAGCUGAUUUGGAGCUAGGAAAGUGGAUUGCAGACUAUAUAGAGGUAAAUGGGAUGCAGAAAAACGGUACUCUGAUCACUUGUCUUGUCGAUAUGUAUGCAAAAUGCGGUUGUUUGGAUGUUGCAAGGAGAUUGUUUGAGCGGACGGGACCAAAAGAUGUUGUGGCUUGGAGCGCCAUGAUAUCUGGUUACACCCAAGCAAGGGAAUGCAAGGAGGCGCUUGAUCUUUUCCAUGAGAUGCAGGCUGCAAAUGUAGAACCCAACGAGAUCACAUUAGUUAGUGUUCUUUCUUCAUGUGCAGUCCUUGGAGCCCUAGAAACUGGCAAGUGGGUUCACUUCUUCAUAAGGAAGAGAGGAUUGAAACUCACUGUUUCUCUUGGAACUGCAUUAGUUGAUUUUUAUGCCAAAUGUGGAUCAAUUGUUAGUGCCAUCGACGUGUUUAGGAAGAUGCCAGUGAAGAAUGUGUAUUCUUGGACGGCGCUAAUUCAAGGUCUCGCUAGCAACGGACAAGGUAAGAGGGCUCUUGAGUUCUUCAACAUGAUGCAAGACAAAAACGUUCCGCCGAAUGAUGUGACUUUUAUUGCUGUGCUCUCUGCUUGUAGUCAUGUGGGUCUGGUUGAUGAGGCUCGGUGUCUCUUUACUAGUAUGAGUAGAGACUUUGACAUCGAACCCAGGAUGGAACACUUCGGCUGCAUGGUUGACAUUCUUGGACGAGCUGGGUUGGUCAAGGAGGCAUACCAGUUAAUACAAAACAUGCCUAUCCAACCGAAUGCUGUUAUUUGGAGAACAUUGUUAGCUUCAUGCAGGGUUCAUAAGAAUGUGGAACUCGGGGAAGAAUCAUUGAAACAUCUAGUCAAAUUGGAACCAAUGCAUAGUGGGGAUUACAUACUUCUCUCGAAUUUAUAUGCAUCUGUUGGGAGGUUGGAAGAUGCAAUGACCGUGAGGAGUCGGAUGAAGAGGAGAGGAAUUAGGAAGACACCUGGCUGCAGCCUGAUUGAAGUUGAUGGAGUCGUUCACGAAUUUCUUUCUGAAGAUGAUGGUCAUGCUCACUCGAAGGAGAUAUACAGGGCAACUGAGGACAUGCUAGGGGAGAUCAAAUCUACCGGCUACGUGCCCAACACGACGGAGGCUAGAUUUGAUGCAGAGGAAGAAGAUAAGGACGUCUCGGUUUCUCAUCACAGCGAGAAGCUGGCAAUCGCUUUCGCUCUUAUCAGAACCCCUCCAGGGACGACAAUCAGAAUCACGAAGAACCUUAGAGUAUGCUUGGACUGCCAUAAUGCCACAAAGAUGAUUACAAAGGUAUUCAAUAGAGAGAUCAUUGUUAGAGACAGGAACAGGUUCCACCAUUUCAGAGAUGGACAAUGUUCCUGCAAUGACUACUGGUGAACACUUGGGUAGGUUUAGGUGUUCGAACUGCAUGAUGUUUGGUUUCAAGGUCAAUUAUAAAAUUCUCUAACCGUGUCCUAUUUGCCGGUACAAAAAUUUACUCAUUUCCUUGGCAAUGGAGGGGCAGUAACACAGCUUUCUCUGGCCAGCCUCCUUUGCAAAAAGUGUGCAGGUCCAGUACAGACUCCAUACCUGGUCAGAGAAUGAUUCUCUCCAAAGUCUCCUGAAAAGAUUUGAGAACCUCUGUGGAAAAGCCACUUAGUAUAUCUUUGACUAAUUAGGCCAUCUACCC